AUACAUGCUUUUACCAUGGACUAUGAUUUAGUGCAAAUUCCUUAUGAAAUCACCCUCUGGAUAAUUCUAGCCUCCUAUGCUAAAAUAGGAUUUCAUCUUUAUCACAAGCUGCCGGCAAUAAUGCCUGAGAGUUGUAUCCUAAUUGCUAUUGGUGUACUACUGGGAGGAAUCAUUUUUGGAACAGAUCACAAAGCCCCACCAGCUAUGAGAACGGACAUUUACUUUUUAUACCUUUUACCACCAAUUGUGCUUGAAGGUGGAUACUUUUUACCUACACGACCUUUUUUUGAAAAUAUUGGAACCAUUAUAUUGUGGUCAGUAAUGGGAACACUCAUUAAUGCAUUUGGAAUUGGACUUUCUCUUUAUGGCAUUUGUCAGAUUGAAGCUUUUAAGCUAAGUGAGGUCAGUCUACUGCAGAACUUGUUGUUUGGCAGUCUCAUUUCUGCUGUAGAUCCUGUAGCUGUCCUUGCAGUCUUUGAAGAAGUUUCCGUCAAUGAUCAGAUGCAUAUGAUAAUAUUUGGAGAAUCUUUGCUGAAUGAUGGAAUAACUGUGGUAUUGUACAACAUUUUUAUUGCCCUCACACAGAUGCAUACCUUCGAAACCAUUGAAGCUGUAGAUAUUUUUGCUGGGGUUGGCCGUUUCUUUGUAGUAGGGAUUGGUGGAGUCAUCUUUGGAAUUAUAUUUGGAUUCCUAUCAGCUUUCAUCACCCGUUUCACAAAGAACAUUACAUCAGUUGAACCGUUGCUUGUCUUUAUGUUUAGUUAUCUAUCCUACCUGUCUGCUGAAGCAUUCUACCUUUCUGGCAUUUUGUCAAUGACAGCCUGUGCGAUGACUAUGAAAAAUUAUGUUGAAGAAAAUGUAAGCAAGAACUCAAGUACAACUAUUAAAUAUUUUAUGAAGAUGCUAAGCAGCCUCAGUGAGACCCUAAUUUUUAUCUUCAUGGGUGUUUCAACAGUGGGAAAGAAUCAUGAAUGGAACUGGGCUUUUAUCAUUUUCACUCUUGUCUUCUGUCUGCUUUGGAGAACAAUAAGUGUUUUUCUUCUCUUCUCUAUCAUAAACCACUUCAGAACGGUCCCUUUUACUUUAAAAGAUCAGUUCAUUAUUACCUACAGUGGUUUAAGGGGUGCCAGCAGUUUUUCUCUUGUCUUCUUGCUACCUGUGCUCCUGUUUCCAAAGAAGAAAAUGUUCAUCACUUCUACAAUAGUAGUUAUCUACUUUACAGUUUUCCUUAUGGGAAUGACCAUCGGGCCACUAGUACGAUAUCUAGAUGUUAGAACAACAAAUAAAACAGAGUCAGUAAACCAGGAAAUUCAUACACGGUUAAUGGAUCAUGUGAAAGCUGGAAUAGCAGAUAUAUGUGGACACUGGGGACACUAUAAAAUGAAAGAAAAAUUUAAAAAGGUUGAUAACCAUUUCUUAAGAAGAGUUUUAAUCCGUGAGAACCAGCCCAAAUCAAGUAUUGUUUCUCUUCAUAAAAAGUUGGAGAUCAAACAAGCUAUUGAGAUGACAGAAAUUGGCAUAAACAGAGACACAUCCUACUCUUCCUUGCAAAAAUAUGAUAGAUGGAAUGUGGCAAAACCUUCUUCUUCAGAUGAUGUUUUAUACAUGAAACAUAUUUUGAACCAUGGUCUGUAUCAAGUUCGUAAAAGGACCCCUUCAUACACUAAAUACAACUUUCCAAAUGAAGACAGCAAAAAGCAAAACCAAGAAAUUCUUAUUCGUCGCCAUUUAAGCAUCAAUAAAGGAAAUAGUCUGCCAUAUGAAAGACAGACCGGUGCCAAAAAUAUCCGUUAUUUAUCACUUCCACAUGGCCAGGGCAGAUCAUUCGAAGAUGAUGGACAGCAGCAGUGGCUUCAAGGUGAUGGUGACAAUGACUCCGUAUUUGUUGAAAGUGAGGAUUUGCCACAUUUAACAAAGCCUACCUCAUGGAAACCAUCUAUAGAUUGGAAAAAUAAGAAGACUAAUAGAGAAGGUUCUAGAAAUUCAAGGAAACAUAUACCCCAAAGACAGCUAAUAGUGAAACCAAGAUAUCAACCCACAAAAGGGAAACCAUACUUUGAAGUGGUAUUAGAGGAGGAUGUGCAGAGAUGUGAAUCAGAUGAAGAAAGCCAUGACCAUGACGCUACAGCACCCACCACUGCAAGUCUGAUUAACAAAUCACAAUAUGGAGAUGACCAUUCUCAACCAAUGUAACUUCUCUUUUUUAAUAAAGUGACACAAUAAAAACUUUAAAAAUA